GGUGGCUGCUGUAGAAUAAUGACAUCGCCGGUGCAUUUCACCACUCCGAUAUAUAGCUUUGCGGCGUGCGCAUGCAUAGACACGUAGGCCUAGGCUACUCAUAAGCUACACACGAAGGAGGCUUUUGCUUGGUCUACACUUUGUUUCGUUUUAUCCGUCAUCUCCAUUUGAUGAGACAUGGCUUUACCAACGUGGAAGGGGUUCGUCGUCUUCUUAGGCCUCAUCUCCAUGGCGUGUCUGGUUCAAGCACAAAAUCCAAAUGUUACCUGUCCAACUAACGACACUCGGAAUGUAGAGCCUUCUCGGCCCAAUGCCACUGUAAUCUGGUCACAAAAUGCAUCAGCUACUGAUGUUAACUCUACAGUACUGAGUGUAACAUGUAAAGACGAUAGCGACACAGAGGUAUCAUCAGGUGACAGCUUUUCUGUUGGUGUAACCACAAUCACAUGUUCAGCUACAGAUGCGUUAGGGAAUAUGGGCAGUUGCACAUUCACCAUCACUGUCAUAGAUGAUGAGGCACCUAUUGUCAGUUGUCCGAGUGACACAAGUCAGAAUGUAGAUUCUUCUCAGCCCUAUGCAGCUGUAGACUGGUCCCCUCUACCAUCAGCCACUGAUGCCGUAGGUCCUCUAAACCCAAAUGUAACGUGUAAAAAUGAAAACGACACAGAAGUGGACUCGGGUGCCAAAUUUCCUGCUGGUGUAAGCACAAUCACAUGUUCAGCUACUGACACUGCAGGAAAUGAAGGAAAUUGCGCCUUCAACAUCACUGUUAUAGAUGAUGAACCGCCGAUCCUGACCUGCUCAAAUGACACCAUCGAAAACACUGAUCCUGGACUGCCAACCGCUGUUGUUGUCUGGGAUCCACAACCUACGGCCAUUGAUGUUGUUGAUGACGACAUGGCUCCCAUCAGCUGUGAGGAUGAAAGUGGCAGUAUGGUUGAAUCAGGUGAAGCCUACAACGUCGGUGUGACGGCAAUUACAUGCAAAGCUUCUGAUAGUAGCAGCAACGAAGGCAACUGUUCAUUUUCAAUUACAGUUGUUGAUAACGAAGAUCCAGUUGUUAAUUGUUCUGGUGACAUCGAUCAGAAUGUAGAGUCUUCUCAGCCCGAUGCCGCAGUAGAAUGGACAGUCUCAGCUACUGAUAAUGUCGAUGAAUUGGGACCUGCCAAUGUUACCUGUAGGAAUGACAGCGACGUAGAGGUAUCAUCAGGUGACAGAUUUCGCGCUGGUUUACACACAAUCACGUGUUCAGCUACUGACACUGCAGGAAAUGAAGGAAAUUGCGCCUUCAACAUCACUGUCACAGAUAAUGAGGCACCUAUUGUCAGUUGUCCGAAUGACACAAGUUGGAAUGUAGAUUCUUCUCAGCCCGAUGCAGCUGUAGACUGGUCCCCUGCACCAUCAGCUACUGAUGUUGUAGGCCCUCCAAAUCCAGCAGUAACGUGUAAAGAUGAAAACGACACAGCGGUGGACUCGGGUGACAUAUUUCCUGCUGGUGUAAACACAAUCACAUGUUCAGCUACUGACGAUGCGGGCAAUGAAGGACAGUGUACCUUCACCAUCACCGUCAUAGAUAAUGAGAAACCGAAUGUUACUUGUCCUAAUGAUGCCACUGAGAAUGUCGAGCCUUCUCUGCCCGAUGCAGCUGUAAUCUGGUCCCCUCUACCAUCAGCUACUGACAACGUAGAUCCUCCAAGCCCAGUAGUAACGUGUAAAGAUGAAAGCGACACAGAGAAGGUUUCGGGUGACAGAUUUGUUGCUGGUUUACACACAAUCAUAUGUUCAGCUACUGACACUGCAGGAAAUGAAGGAAAUUGCACCUUUACUAUAACUGUCAGAGACAAUGAGGCCCCCAACAUCACUUGUCCGACUGGCCGAAGUGUGAAUGUGGCUGAGGGUAAAUCCACGGCUAGUGUGACGUGGGUUUCAACGGCAAAUGAUGCCGUGGAUGGGAAAUUGGACACAUCAUGUGAACCCCAGUCAGGAACGGAAUUCGCAAAUACAACUGUGGUGAAUUGUACGGCAACUGAUGAAGCCGGUAACAGUGAGUCGUGCGAUUUUGCCAUCACCGUAACAGUUGAUGGACAGCUAUGUCCACUUACCCCUUCCGAACUGUGUAUCUGUGACAGCAUGCACUGUGUGUGUAAGGAGGGUAAAAGUGGACCAAACUGCUAUGUUAUAGAUGGGGAUCAGUGCCCUCGAACAAGUCCAGCGGAUCCUAACUGCGAUUGCCCAGUAUCUUCCCCUUGAUGUCAACCCGGUUUCAAAGGACUGAAAUGCAACGAGUGCAAGGGCUGUAUGAAUGGAGGAUCUUUCCAAGACAUUGAGAACUGCCAAUGUGAAUGUCCAAGUGGAGGCUUCGAUGAUCCUAUCUGCUCUGGUUGCGAGGAAUGUGUGAAUGGCGGCAAUCAGAAUGAAGUAUGUGUCUGCGAGUGUCCAGGUUUAUUUGAAGGAGACCUCUGUGAUGUGUGUCAAGCAAGAUGUGAAAACGGUGGAACAUUGGACGAGUCUACUUGCACCUGCGAAUGCCCGAGUCCGUUCACUGGACGACCUGCUCAGCGUUCAAGUUGCUUGCCCUGUGUUAAUAUAAAUGAAGGAACGUACCAAAACGCCACGACUUGUGCCUGUGAUUGCUUGGAAGGAUUCCUACCACCGUUAUGUGCAGAUUGUAUGGAAUGUCAGAAUGGAGGAGAGUAUCAAAACGAGGCAACGUGUGCCUGCGAAUGCCCUUUCCUGUAUACUGGUCUUCUUUGCACAGUUUGUCCCAGCGGUGAUCCGUGCGAGAAUGGGGGCACAAUGGACAGGGCUGCCUGCCUUUGUAAAUGCACCGAUGAGUGGACGGGAAUAAACUGCGGAGAGCCUGUUCCCACUCUACCCGACGACGAAUACCCAGAUCCCCCAGCAGAUGCUGAUAUUGAGAAGAAGGUAUCGAUCGAGAUAGAAGUCACUGAUAAUAAAAACUGUCAACCCGCCGUGAAUAAAUCGUCAAUGGAUUGUGUAGUACUUCAGAAAGAAUUCGUAGCCGGGGUCGAAAUUGAGUACAAACGUGUGGCAGGCUUUAAGAAGGUCGAGGUUACAGAUCUGAGAAAUGGAAGUGUCAUCUUUCAGCACCAAGCAAUCUACGACUAUGCAAAAAUGUCGCCCUCUCAGCGUGGGAUAUCAGCUUUGGAUCUGUAUCGUGCGACUGUUGCGCAGGCUGUGGAGGCAGGGCAACUGGGAGGUCUCCCUGUAGCGCCGGAGUGCAGUACAUGCCAAGCACCUCAAGAUGAAACCAACAUGUGUGAAACGGAGCAACCAACAUGUGGAACGGGAUUAGUAAUAGAUGAAGUGACAGAGGGCAACUCCUGCUAUUUUGUUUGCCGAGCAAGUUGCAAAGUCGAAGCAGAUUACUGCAACAGCGGCACGUGCACUCAAGAUUCUGAUGGAGUCAAGUCGUGCAGCUGCCCUCAGAGCACGGAGUUUAUGUACAUCGGUGCCAACUGCCAACUAGCAGUGAACCUGUUAUGGCUGUACAUCGGUUGUGGGCUUGGAGGGGGCCUGCUGCUCUUACUUUUGUUCACUCUUAUCUGCUGUGUGGUGCAGUAUAGAAAGAAGGUCAAACAAUUUGAGUCAGAGGACGAGGAGGGAACUCAAGAAGACGAUAUGAGAGGGGAGGUCCGCGCAGUGCACCAUAACAACAAAGGCUACGUCGGGGAUUCUUCCUCGGUCGCUGAUGAGCAUCCGGAAGGCGAGACGCAAGCUCCGGAACAAGUUCGUCCGUACUCCUACAUCUACCGGAACGGUAGCGGCGUGGGCGUGUCCCGCUCCAGCUCCGGGGCAGCCGCCGUAAAGAACAGGUACGAACCCACGGUUGCCAGGGACCGUGAGCAGGGUACGAGCAGUGAUCAGGCCGAGGAGUCUGGGGGCAAGACAAGAGGGUCGUACUUCUGGGGGAACCUGAAUGAGCCAGUGAAAGAAGAAAACGAGAUGAUACCUAUGACUAGCGAGAUUGACCCCACGAAAAUGUACAAGAUACAGCGUCCUCAAGUGUCGGUCAACAGAAAUGAUGAUCUGCCGGAACGGGACUACUUUUAAAGAAUCGUCUUCCAAACGUGAUCAAGAUACUGCCUUUGCAUCUGGCUUGACAGGCGUGAGAUGCAUACUUUAAUAUGAAAUGUUACUCAGAAAAAUAAGAAUUUGAGUGUUUUAAUCUGUAGUAGUCACCUUCAGUAGUUGGACCAAAAACAAAACAAUUUUUGUUUUCAAAGAACAAAUUAAUAGAAUCUAUUAACUCCAUUUCCAGAUUGUAUGUAUACUUCAACGGAGAAACGUAUAUAAUAAUUGAAUUAUAUUCAUUUGUUGGACACAUCUGCAUGUACCUUUCUUCCCCCAUCUGGUUUUUGUAUUUGUCGUUUAUGUUAUCGUGGUAUGGGAUCUAUUGCUUUUAUACAGCAAGCAACACAUUUUAGUGAACAUGUGUACAUAGAAAAAAGCUACAGUGUCCAUAAGUUUUAAUACAGUGUAUGGGCAAGGGCAGAUCGGGGGGG